AUUAUGUGUUUUUGAAGCUUGGCAUGAUGCCCAGUCGGCCGCCUCAGCUCGGUCCAUUCCGUCCGUUGAAUCGACAGCAAGAGCAGAUAUAGACACUGCAGAGACCCAGACGGCUAUAAAAAGGCCGUUGCAAGCCCAUGAGACGUUGGGUUUCUUACGCUCAACACCAGCUCUAUCCACCUAGCACUUUCAGUCAUUCUUGCAAAGAGUCCCAUUAACCUCCAUCAUGCACUUCCCCAGUCUCACGGCCAUCAUCGCCCUCGCAGCCACCGCUGCAGAUGCAGCAAAAAUCAACCUCGAAAUCGGCUACUUCUCAACCAUCGUACCCCCCAUCGGCGGCAACAUCCCCGGUAUCGGCUGCGGUCCUUGGGCACUCGCCACAGGAGCCGACGGCUCUACCAAGAGUCCCACCGGCAUGAGUGGAGGAGAUGAGUGCCCCAAUGCAGAGCUGAGAAACUUCUGUCAGCGGUUUGGAUGUCCUCAGACGCUGAGAUUCGGCAACACGCUUGCCUUUCAGAUUCAGUCUGGUAGUGGUCAGAGUCUUACGGUCAAAGGGAGUGUUCUUAAUGGAAAGUCGCAGACUUUGACGUGUGGACGAUCUUUCCUGACGCACUCGGGGAAUAAAUACCGUACCAAUAUUUGUUACUUUGAUCUUUGAGGACGAGACUUUGUAUGGUACUCGGUUUGAGCAGGUUUGAAGGGGGAUGGGGAACCUGAUGCAUUGAAUUACAUAUGCGUUGGACCAAGAUAGUUCACAUAGGAAGGGUUAUUCUUUGUACCAUUAGCCCGAGGUCAAUAAGUUUUUCACAAC